AUGAAAUUUUUCAACGAAUACCCUCGUGUUAAAGGAGAGCAGUAUUUGUUGAAGUUACGACGGGUAGAUGAAAUUAUGCAUUUCAAAAAAGCACAAGGAGAAAAUAAUCGGCUUCCGGAAGAAGCAACUUCGGCUGUAUCAACAUUUAAGAGAUUUGGAAAUAAACCGGAAAUGUGUCUGGAACUUUUCAGAUCAUCAGCAACAACAAUAAAAGCUUUAAAUACGGUUAUUUCGAUCCGAAUAUCAUCCCAAAUGUUACUGUUUUCUUGCAUAACAUCCGUAAUGCCGGUGAGUAGACUGGAUGAUUACAAUAUUGCCGACGAUAACGUCAUCAAUCUUUCAGUCAGUGAAUUUCCAGAACCAAACUGCAAAUAUCAUAUACGGUUAUACAACCGAAAUGGUUCGGAAUUGACGAGGGAAGUUGGAAUUGGUGAACCGGUCUAUCAUCACUGGACAUGUAAUUACAAGCAACAACAAAGUGGACUAUACUGUAUUUUAGUGAAUAAUUGUACGAUUUCAAAUUCUCGACCUUAUUCCUUCCCGGUACCAAUUAUUGAUGAAUUUGGUUGCUCUCUUUUCCCUAUUAUAAUGCCACACGUCGAAUACGAUGGUGAUCUUGAUGGUGGUCUUCAAACGAAUGUAUUCUUACUUGACAUUGACCAGUUGUCUGUUACAUUUCAUUGUAACAUCAAGUUAUUGCUGAAAUUACAUGGGAUUUGUCAACGACCUUCAUGUCCACCAAUUUAA